CAGACAAUAUGCGAAAAGGUCAACAGCAGAAAGGAUGUUGUAGCCUUUGUCUAGUCAGCUACGAAGACGUCCUGGUGUUUCAUAAGAGUUAACAAUUGUGGGGUUACUGUGGAUCUUUGUCAACGAGAACGCAAUUCAUCUAAUAUCUAGCAGAAGAGAGAAUACCGAUUGCUCACGUCCUCCGAGACGAGCGGUUGUAAAUGAGCGUACCGGACGCAGUUCCGCCUUCGAGCGGCGUUCAUCAGCAUGGCUUAAAGCAAGGGAGUCUGCUGCUAAGCAUCUAUGGCUACGCUCCUUAUCCUGGUAAGAUGCUUAAUAAUAACGAAGGGGUCCAUAAUGGCCUUAUUUUGCUGGCUGCGGAGUGUUUAUCUUUAGCGUGCUUCUUGAAGACAAUAGGCCACGAGGUUUUGAAAACGUGUACAUUAUUGUGAGUGAUCCGAUUUUUCCCACCAAGAUGAAAAUAGUUGAAUUGUAUGUUUAACCGUCUUUGUCUACGGUAAAUGCACUUUGUUUAUUUAACAUUGUAAGUUUGCGUUGCUUGUGUGAAAAUUCGACUUGUUUACAUCUCGGCCGUUCCAUUACAAACCGUUUACAUAUUUUCUUGAAAUUUUAUAAAAGAUGAUUAUUAUCACUCAGGCAGUGCUGAAUAGUCAAUACAACUUUCGCUUAAAAAUGGAUCGAUCAUGUCUCUAUUAGAACCCGUGCUAAAAUUUACUUAAUGUACAGUUUUGCAAUAGUCAUUGAAACACAUUUCACCACUCUACGGUAGAUUCUGUGAAGACAGUAAAAUGUUGCGUCCACGUGAGUUUAAACAUGAUGAAAAACCGUAUUACAUAAACAACGACUGGCGAGUUCAAUAUUACAUCUACAGUAUCUCGCGUGUUAAUUACACACCUAGACAAGAAUAAAUUUGUAUUGUCUUUCGAUAAAAGGAUCUUAUAAAAAGUAGCUAGUCACGGUUAUGUUUGUCCUUUUGCUGGUAUUUUCAGUCUCGUGGUCUUCUUUCUUUUUCUCUCUUAUUUUGUGGUAAAUAUUCAACGGAUUUCUGUUUUCGUGACUUGCAAAGCACAACAGACUGUUAAUCUGUCACCUCGUAUGGUUACAUCAUGUCAAGCAGGACGUCUUUUGCUAGGCGAUCGCGCGAACUACUUCAAUCGCAGGUGAUGAGCGACUAUUCAACUUGUUUUGAGAGCCCUCAGGACUCACAGCGCUGUCAAAAAGGUUCUUUCAUCCUGCCUUUAACUAUUUCAUGAUUGGAUUCUUGCAAAUGCUUGGAGAUUAUUUUCUACUGAUAAGAAAAGGUCACUCGCACCUCGUUAGCCCUUUCUCUCCGCUCAGUCGAGUUGCAAUUUUUUAGCAUUUUCAAGCUUCUUUUUUUUUCAUUACUUAAAUGAUUGAUAACCCUUUCUAAAAAUAACAUAGCCUGAAGCUAUUUGAUAGAAUUAGUUUUUUGGAAAAGAAAAUGUUAAGGGAAGAUGGUUUGCGUUGUGUUUUGCCGCCUCAAUUUGUGGACAACAAAUACUACCAACUACACAACCGGAAAGCGAUAGUGAAGAGUGAAUACCUUUUAUUGUCCAAUAAUCUUUCAAGCUGUCCUUUGAGAUUCCUUACAAAGGGAAAUGAUUUAACGGUGGUUAUGCUUUUCAUAAAUAGCUGGUAACAGAGUGUUAAAUUGUCUCUUUUGUCAGGAUAUCGGAAUCAAUGUGCGAAAGGAAAGAACUAUUUUUCGCAAGUUUCAGUUGUUGAUGGUAGUAUCAGGGAUUUCUCGCGCUGUCAGUGUAAUAAACAGUACCACGGGAGAGUUUUGCUUGACAGCGCCCAUUCAAAUGGUCAGAAUGGUGGUAUCCGUAGAAUUUAGAUUGGUCUAAGACUGCACAAUCGUCAAACAGCUGCUUUGAAAGCUGAUUUGAAUACCGGCUCUUCAGACUUUUGAACCCACUGGCAUAAAUGUAGACCUUCUUAGUAAUAGUAUAGUUCAGCCAGUGUUCAAUAACUACUACAGUUAACUGUGAAAGAUAAAGAUAUUUAGGGAGGGCAUCAUCUCAGGCUAAAAUAACACCACGGGAAAGAUCCAUUUAAUAGGUUUGGGGAGGAUUUAUCGAGUGACUCGUGUGAGAAACGCAAGACACUGAUCGCAAUCAAAUUGGACCUAUAUUUUGAUAUGAAAUUUUGUAACAUGCCCGUUAUCACGGUGUAGGUAAAACGUUGCUUAAUGCGUCUUAAUACGAGCUCUUAUCUCGCCCGCUUGGAAUGUCCGUUGUGAUUUUACACGUCAAAAUAUUUGUUCGUGCUCAAGUGCAUACUUAACUAAUGUUGGAGGUUGCAGCACUGAGGGGGAAAAAAUGGCGCUCAGCUGGCGACACAGAGAGAAAGAAACAGACCACUAAUAUUUCAGUUUGAUAGUCCUAGUUAGAGCGUAUCGCAACAGAACAUUAGACAGAGAUAGUUUAUCAAUAUUACAUACAGCCUUUGGGCUGAAUUACGUAACUCUUUACUUUACUUCCCGUGGUUUGUCUUUGCGUAAAGAAACUUGAGAAGUACUGUAAAAGAAUUCCAAAGUUUGGAAUUGUUUUCCAGUACAUCUCAAGUUUCUUUACGCAACGGCAUUAUCCUAUUGAAAACCACGAGAAGUAAAACGAGUUGCCUGUCAAGAUUUUUUAAAAUUAUUUUCACUGGAGGCAGAGAAAGUUGAAUAAUUACAGUGAGGUCUUGAAAUUUUGUUAAAUGAUGAAAAACUCGACGCGAGAGUUAGGAGUGAGAUUUUUCUAAGGGGCAAACGGAAAAUACCUUGAAGUCGUAAAUGUUCACAUUUUUCCUGUGUAACCAUUGAUUUAAGGCGUGGCAAAGUUACGGUAGUCUACAAGUGCAAGGUGCUAAAUUUGGUACUGUUCGACACGCAGUUGACAAUUCAGACAUGCACACUACAAUUCGCGAGUUCUUUUUUUUUAAUCAGUAUUAUUAUUUUAUCCAGGGGCAUCCAAUUUGGCAGAGCUAGUUUAAAUGGAGCCCUGGCACUACAAAAUUAAUUAAGUUACAAAGGCAACAUGUACCGCAGGCGUUACUGGUUAGAAUGGCGCUUUAGCUUGAUUCUAAAUUUGCUGUGCGUCUUUACUUGUCUAAUGAUUCUCGGUAGGGUGUUGUAGGUCCGAGCACCGCUUAUUCUGGAGCUACCUUGGCUCGCGAGUUCGCGAGCUUAAAGCCGCAAUGUUGAAGCCAGUGGUUUUCGUCGUGGGGACCUGAUGUUAUGGAAGAAUAUCGCGUUCAGUGAACUUUAGGGGUGAAUCUCUUUGGUUUUUACCCUACAUAGUCCCCGUUUUUGUCGCUUGAUAAGAAGCUUUUCUCAUCAUCUCUGUCUCUUUCCACCCUGGUGGUCAAAACUGUUGCUGGCGACCUACAGCUGGAAAGCCAACUUUAGUGUUUUUUAAUAUCAAAGAGUACUGUCUUGGAAAUAGUAAUCAUCUAAACGAGAGUAAAAUACCGUUUAAUCAUUAAAAAACCACAGAGGCGGUUUCAUUCCUUCUUGAUUUUCAGUUAUCUUCCAGAUAACAAGAUGCAUUAGAUUACAGCAGCGCAAGCGACUUUCAGUCCGCGAAAGUUAAUCUUAACAUAACAUAGGCGUUGUUGUACCGGAAGGCGAAGUAAGUUAAUUAAGUAUUAGACAUGUUUUGUCUAAUUUACGUUGUCCUCUAUCAGUAAAAUGCCAUUGCCGAUAAGAGAAACAAGGUUUGCCUGGGAGUGGCGCGCUGCAUUAAGUCUAAGGCACUCGAGCCGUGAAAUUGCAGAGAAUGUUUGGUCUCUCUCUUGAGUCAGUUGUGUCCAAAGAGGAGCCCUAGUAUCGUCAGCAUAACCUACCAAAGCCGGAAUUCCGAACGGAUUAUAUUCUUUGUCUGGAGAUGACUUAAUUCUUAUUGAAUCUCUCUUCAUAUGUAGCUUAUUCUUCACCUCGGUCUUAAGGAGUUCUGGGGAACAAAUUGAGCUUCUGAAAUCGUAUUAAAAUAUUAUUUCGAAAAAUUGUUAGUAGAGUUGAAUUGAUGACCGCGAUAGUGAAGUUAAUAAACUAUCACUGAUUUGUCUUCCUCAGUAUUAGGUGUUAUCUUUUACCGCACAUUUGUUGUUUGACCGGGUGAAAAAUAACUGUAAUAAAAAUAAGCUACUGAGCUAGGGACAAACUAUUUCUCUAACUUACUUGUGUGCUUUUUUGUUGCUUAAAAUGUAAAGCCGUAUUAAGCGUGCCCUAUACAGAUCAUUUUUGUUUGGCGUUCAAUUUUUGUCAUCUCUUAGACUUCUGACACUUUUUGCUCGAUUUCACCCAAUGACUCUUCGUUUAGUUCUGCCCUGCCUCACUGGCCGCAAUGAUUAAAGCUUAUCGCUGAUAAUCAAGCGAGCAGAUUUAUUUGGGACUGAUUUGGGACUUAAUCGCUACACUGGUGAGGAAUUGGAAAGAUAAUCGUAAUCAGCGAAAAAAAAAGAACACAACGAAAACUGUAAAAACUCCUUUGUUCUGCAUGAACGCAAGUUUUAACCGAAACUCCCUUAAGAGUUGAUUUCAUUUUAUGCAUACGGCUUAGGUAGAAUUUGUAGUUUUUUCUGUCCAAUGGUCGCCAUUUUGUGUGGGAAAUUGCCGUUGAGGAUGGAUAUCUGUAAAAAUUCUUCUUAAGUGAUUAGCAUUAUCGCAAACCCCCGCAUUCUGUUUGUUGGACUUAUUAGCUUUUUUAUCAACCCGGGUAGCAAUUAGAUAUAAACCAAACGCUUCAAUUCACCUAAAAAUACCUGUUAAAACUAUGAGAAUGUGCUCUUUGCAUUAAGAAGCAGACUCACACUUUAUAUCUAUCCGGCUUAAUCGAUAGUUAAUGAGAAACAAUAGAAAUUUCAAAUUUGCCUUCUAAGUUUUAAAAGGCGAAGUGCGGCCCCGAUCAUUUCCCUACUCAGAUUCUCCUGUUUGGUUCGCCUGUUUCCUCACGCUCUCCCUGAUGUUUGCCCAUUUUUCACCAGUAAUGAGCCUGAGUCUCGUGGAACCAUUAGUGACGUAACCAAUUAUCUGAUCGUGACUACCCCUAGACGCUAUUUCCGUCCCAGCAAGCCCAGUUCUGUUGUGUAGGCCUUGCACCUCAGUGUGGGGCUUAAUCUAAGAAACUCCAGGGAUAUUACUACUUAACACUAUUCCGGAUAGCUUUUGCGCCGGCACGAAGACCAUAUCGGACAAGGCUUCUGUUAACAUCUAGGAACGGCUAUUUUGGAGCGGUUUUUGUAACGAAACGAAGCUGCGCAGCGCCGAUCUUCACAUACCCUGGUUUCUGCGCCACUUUUUGGUGCACCCGGGGUACUCCUGGGAAAUCUUGGUGGGGGUGUCAGAGUGCAAAGAAAGUCAGUUUUACAGCCUGCCAUUCGGGCAAACUGUAGCUAGCCUGUAAUAGCCCACAAGUCACUUUAACCAGCCUCGAAACCCUUUUUGAUUAGCAGGAUUGAUUACAAUCCUUCUGCAAUUGGAAUUUCCCCAAAAAACAGCACUUGUCCGUCAGGCAAGUUAAGAACGGUAGCAAAAUCCACUAGCUCCAGGCUAAAAUCCAUACCCGUUUUCAGACUUUGCGUUUAAGAAAUUACGUCAUCACGUUUACGUCAAACGGCAAACGCGAAUUUGUACCACGUGACCAAGUUUUCCCUAAACUUGUCGUUUACGGUUCAUUAUUUCUACACAUAAAUUGGUAGUUUCACGCAAUUUUUUAUCCUAAAGAAUUGUUUUGAGCUGUUUUUAUCUGCUCAUUUCCUACCUUUUGAGAAGCUAUCAACUUUAAUCUGACGUUUGCCGUUUGCCGUAUGCGCGAAGCUUAAGCUCUCAAUUAUUACUUAGAUUAGUACGCCAACAAAAAGAUUUCUUAAAAUCCUUCUCGAGCUGUCCCAUUAUGGCUCUUGUUCUCGAAUUUGCAUAUUAUUCUUUCUGUCCUCUUUAUUUGGAAUUAAAAUGGCAGACCAGACCAAUCUGGGCAAAGUCUAUACCCAUUUUCAGGCCAAAACGGCGAAAAAAAACCACACCCUUUGGGGCGGCACAUGCCUAUAUGGCUUAUAUCAGGAAGUACCCCCCGGGUGCCUUUGCCGACUCAUAAAACUCACGGCCGCUUAGUAGACCUUUUUACCGAUACGGCGGCCAUAUUGAAUCCAGUGGAUUUAAGGAGUAUUAUUGGAUGCCUAGGGGUGCAUGAGCACGAUCCGAUAUGUUCGUUCAGUAUUUACGCGCGCAUUUCGGGCCAAUUUUUCUUUCAGUUUUCCUAGAAAAAGAUUUAAUGGGAAAAAAGAUCGUUGGGCCGUGUUUGGAUGUCAUAAUGAUCGCCUUUUUCCUGAGAAAUAUACUCUGAAGUUCCCUUUUUGCCCAAAGAGCGCGCGUAAAUUCUGAGCGAAUGCCCCCUGGGCAUCCCAUAAUACUCCUUAAAUCUAAUUAAUAUGGCCGCCGUAUCGGUAAAAAGGUCUAUUGUGGUCAGUUUCUCGGUAUCCACUUAAAAAGAGAAACGAUUUUCGUGACGGUAAGAGUCCCCAUGAUACAGAGUGACCGUUUUAAUCUCGAAAAUCAUUUCUGUUUCGUAAUUGUUGUAGCUUGAUCUAUAUUCAUUUGAAGGCAAGAAAUAAGUUGUAUAUUUCUGCAAUAGUACGCGUUCUCCUUCGUCAAAGACAUUAAAAGUUACUUUUGUUUUUCUGCAGGCUCAAACUCGACAUCGAAGUUGGAAGAACAAAUUAUUGAAAGGUCUAACAGCCUUGGAAAUAUCGAGGAGAUUAGGGAAGAAACAUGCCAGCCUUUGCCUGUAGUCGGCAAAACUGAUCAAGGUAAGAAAUUGCAGUAUAACGACUUUUUUUUUUCAUUUUACUACAUUAUUUAUUUACGAAAUAAAGAUGCAAGAAUACAGUCGCUUCAUCCUGCAUGACCCAGGCUGGAGACCAACCGCCGGUUCCCAACCUUUUAUGGAAAACUGUAUUCUUUUUUUCACAUAUGAGGGAAAGGACUCUCAAGAGUUAAAGUAUUGGCGACCUCUUCCACCAUUUGCGUCUCUGACUACUUUAGGAAAAAGUGCUGUAGCAUUUUGAACUUAAACUGAACAACGAUUAAUGUCGAGUUGCUGCAUAAUAUCUGUCAGCUAGCGUAAUAUCCUGCAUAAUAUAUGACAGCUGACAGCAUAGUGUAUCUGAUAUCUGACAGCAUACGAGGGCUGGCAAAGGUCUGAGUUUCACGUGCCAGUAAUGCUCCAAAUACCCACAUCCCUCAUAAAGGAAAAGAAAAAUCUAGUACAUCUAGGAGCUGAGUCAUGAAUUGAGCAGCAAUACAAAUACCUCAACAAAUAUGCGUUAAUUUGAAACCUAUGAAAUAUUGAACCAUUCUUUACAAGGGGUUAACAUUUGCAUCCGUAUUUAGGAGAUAUUUUACGGAUAGUCCUUACGGGCGUUAUGCCAUUAUUGUCGAUUAUCAUCCUAUAUGGCAUCACGUAAGGAAUAUUUCUGAAGGAUUUUAAGGGGUAAACGCUUCACUUCCUUUGAAAGACUCUUAGAGUGAUUCUAAAGUUGUACUUGAAAAUAAUAGAAAAGUAAACACCAGUUUCUGUAGUGAAUAAGCAUGCAAUUAUGAUAUAUUAAAGAUCACUCUUACAUUUCAUCGGUAGAAAAAACUAAAUUAACACAAUAAAGUAUCAUUUUAAAAACCAAAACCAAAACUUUACUUUGCCCGCUUUAUGCCCUUAGACAAGUUAGCACAGGCACACCACGCAAUUGAACGUCCUGUUCUCGAAGCGUUUAAAAAAGGCAACUGAUGAUAUCUACCAUAUGCUACAUAUGCUAAUUUUUACCGUAUAAGCCUACUAUAAGCUGUAAAUUAAAAUGCUUAGGUGAAAAAUUCUCGGAAACGGUAACCUGUUUGAUUAGUCACUUAAGGCGGUGAGUAGUGGUAAAGAUUAUAAAAAUAUUUUCUCCUUAAAAAUGGUCGGCAUGAUGUAUUUGUGUUGCAUGUAUUGUGUUAGUAGCUCACCAAGGAUUAGGUAACCGCAACACUAACUUCAACGCGUACGAUUACAAAGCUGUUCUUAUUUUGGCAUCGGUACUGGUUUUGCUAAUCACAAGCGGAUAAAUAGAAUCCGAUCUGUCUUUCAGUUUUUUGACCGGCUUUUUUUAGUGUGUUAAUACUCUGGUACGUGCUUCACGUUCGGAUCCCAUCUUAACUGAUUAGCUAAAACCCAAUUCGAGUAGCUGUUGAAGGGGAAUCCAUUUUUAGUGACCAGUUCAAAUAUACUUUAACCCGUUGGUGGGAGGGGGGUGGGUACUGCCAUAUAUGGGCUAUAUAGGUAUGUGCCGCUGUGAAGGGUAUGGUUUUCAAGCAGUUUACUCUGGAAUAGUGUAUAUAAAUCAGAGAGUUUGGGUCUAGAAUAGGGUAUCAUUUUCCAGGAAACUGAUCAGUUGGUUGAAGAUUUUAGUCAAGACUAGGAAAUCUGGAAAUGCCACUCAAAAAUAUAAAAAAAUCAACAAAUCGGCAAGUUUUAAUUUACGAAACUGCGGCCUAAAAGCUACUCUAGGAUAGGGGGGAUUUGGGAAGUUUAGUCUAGCAUAGGGUAGCAAAAUUCAGCUGAACUAGCUCUGGUGUAGACUAAGGGUUCCAGGGUCUCAGCGGCAAAUCCGCACCCAAAAGUUCCUAAAGUACACCCCCACCCCCCGGGACUUUUAAUCUGGUGGGCUAAGCCUGUCAGAUAAAUAUCGGCGAAUAUGCUUGUGUGUCAAUUUGUGAUGAAUUGUUUUACUCCUUCUUUAUUUACUGUGAGGAUUUGCCCGUAUACCUUGCCGGUGAUCUACUAUGUUUCAUGUCGUAAAUUCCAUCUUGAUUUUUGGGCCAGGAGGCCAGAGAACAGAACUGUUAUUAGGAGACAAGUAAACAGCGAACAAACGUCGGGAAGAAAAAAAUUUUCUACAAGAUAUCCCUGCUUCCUGCCACAAUUUUUUCAAGUUUUUAUGUUUCUUCUUGAUCAAAAAAUGCCUGUGGGCUAAUCUGUGGAGGGUGCAGGUAACACGCGUAUUUGUUUUCGGAUUGCAACUCAAAAUCACGUACCACCCGCUCGACGUAGCUGCGCCGCUUCAUCGCCUGAUCAAUCAAGGUAGAGAUACCGGUGGGUGAUAUAAGUUUUUAAGCAAAUUUGUAUAUAACGAAAAUCAUUUACAGCGGUUAAUUCUUGAAAGUUCUCUGAAAGAAGAAUUUGAAUUUGUAGAAUGUUAGAAAAGGUUAAAACAAGUAGCUUAGUCUUAACUGAAAAAUGUAAGAUUGUAAAAUUUAGUAGAGUUACUGUUAGGAUAAAAACUGAAUCGCCAUGGCUAACAAUUCUUGUUGUUCUGCUUAACAUCGGCAAAAUGCUUAGUAUCAUUUGGAGCAAAUUGUCGGUGGGGCAUUCAAGAUUCAGUUGGUGGCACACUUGUUCAGUUGCUAACUGAGUUCAUCACACGUGCAGCUGAUGUUUACAAAUGUCCAUUUGAACAUAAUAGUUUACCGCUCAAAAAAAUGAAGGUCCUUGAAGGUUAUUACAAUUUCUAGUAAAAUGUGUUAUAAUAAAAACUGAGCAACAAAAAAGAAAAGGAUUUUUUCGGGCUAUUGAAAGUAAGGAAACAAUUUCAGCCGCUUUGUGUUCAUGUAUGGGUUAGUUCAAAUCAAUUUAUAAGAAAUCGAAAGAAACCAAAACCAGCAAUGUGAAGGUCUAUGGUUUCUAACAAUGAAGGCCACUCAAAACGACAGUCAAUACAUUUCCAAAUGUACUUAAGGUCGACUUCAUUAGCAUAUGACAUUGUACUUCAUAAAUAUUCAUUACGAUAUUUACGGUGGAACAAAUCUGCAUCUUCAUUGUUCGCCGGUAUAAAAGAAAUAAUAUUCUCUUGCACUUCGUUGACAAGUGGAUAGUGGAUGCUGAAGAGGGCUUUUUAUAGAAGACAACUUUUUUGGCGAAAGCAUAGAGGGUGUCAGUGUGAGAAUCCAGCGAAAUCCAGCGAGCAAUCGGUGUGAUGGGAAUCAUUCUCUUGUAAUCGUUUAAGUGAAGUAUUCUGGUGAGUUCAAAUAUCAUGAUCACAUGUACUUGGGCAAGGAAUGCGGCUGAAGCUAUUUUGUUUAACUGAUUUGUCGACCAGCGAUGUGCUUUUAACUGUUAUUGGCAUUCUUAUCUUGCCAAUACAGUACGUCACUGCUGCUACUUUUAGGUGUCCGCAUUUCGUAACGAGCUUACCUCUCGCGAUCGGGCCAGAAUUAAUUUAAAUGUAUUGAUUACCCACACAUGAAAGUUUCCGAUGCUUCUCUCCGGUAAAAACAUGGUUAAAAUUGUAUUCUUUUGCCGAUUAUAUUGGACAGACGGGCGGCCAUUGUCAAAUCAUUUUAUCUUUGUUCAUGGUUUCUCUAUUUCAUGUAACAUGUGUUAUGAAGAGACACUGGUCUAGCAGUCAUCUGGCGUGUGUGGUAAACCUAAUGUUUUCGGUUUUGGUGUGAUAAAUUGAACCAGAAAUGUUUAACUUAGCGAGGCUGGAAUCUUUUAAGUCAGGUGUGUAAGUUCGCUGUUUUUGCUCCCAUUAUCAGUUUGAUUUUUACCCGAACUAACCAUUUCAAGGGUAACAACUGACACUAUUUUUGGUAUUUCUUGCGCUCUGUCAUGAUCUGUCGCGCUGAAGCAACAAUUCGUUUAUUUCUAGAUCUGUUCGAGCUUUUGACAUUAAAAAAAAUUGUGCAUAGUGUUGGAAUAGUUGCUACUAACUAUCGAUUCAUAACAUAGGCACUGGUGUUAUUGAAGGGAACCAGUGCAAACAGUAGUUUUGUUGACCUUACUUCCACCGGUCCCUUUCAUUAUCAGCAUUCGUUAUGCUAAUGUUACCUUUCAUUUUGAUUAGGAUGCGAAAGUUUCGGUUUCUACAAAAGGUAGCGUUGUUUCCUGAAUAUUGUCUAGUGAAAUCAAAAUUACAGAAAGCGGCGAAAUUAACUUCGCUUUCUUUGUUAAGGAAACUACUUUUAACAUCAACAUGCACGCUUAUCAAAUUAGUAUUUACAUUUGCCACCCAGAAUGUGUUCCUCUUGUUCUUAAUUGAUUCUCGGUUGGUUGUUAUUCACAAGCAGGUAAAGCUUAGAAAAUAAAAACGGAAGGCGCAGAAUUCGUUGCAGCUGAGCCCUGUAUGCUUGACCGAAGCCGUGUGAAUAUGCAAAGCACGCGUAGGCGAAUUGGAAAUUAACAGUCGCCCCCAUACUCUAACGAAGAGGGGCAUUUAGCUCGCUUGACAGCUAUUUUGUGUCUGACUCGAAGGUCACUGGAGGAUUAAUGAAUUAUGUCCACUAUUAAUGGUUUUCGCGUUUUACUGUUUGACAGAGCUUAAUAUCAAGCCUUCUUAAUACACUGGUAAGACGUUAUAGAUUAUACGUAUUGCUCAGGUGAUGAAUUGAAAACGGAGUUUACAUCUCGGAUAUAUCAAUAGGCUUGAUCCUUCAACACAUUGCUUGGCCAUGCUUCAUGGAACGUAGUUAUCGGACAAAAAAAUAAGCCGUCUGUUUAUUCGUGGCUCUCUUUGUCAUUCUCACGUUUGUUGUGGCUUUUUUAAAGAUGUGUUUGUUUGCGAGACGGGUGUGUUUUUCAGUGCACUUGAGCAAAAAAAAAAAAAUGGAAAGAAACGCAAAAAAGACAGUACCUUAACAUGUCGUUUACACAUAUACCAGAACUAAUGAUCGACAGACCUUUAUUUGAAGUUUUUAUUCCGAGAGCAUAAAGAAUGGAGACCAUAUAUGGAGUGCUGAAAACUUCAGUAGUGGCUUCGAGCUUGGACGGAAUCCUCUGGUUUAAUCGUUUUUAUAAACCAGUUCAGCAAUUAUGUCAAAUGACAGUAUUUUUACCAUUUCGUUUUCAGUACUUUUUAAAAGGAAAGUUUAGAUUUUUCUGGAAGAAAAAAAGAACUGAAUCAUUCAACUUGAUAAUGAAAUAACCAAGCAUGCUAAUAAAUUCGGUGUCUGAGUUUGUAUCUUCCGAAAUUCAGAUGAUAAAGCUUUCGCACACUUUGCUUCAAGCUCUGCUUUUUACAAUGGAAUGGCUGCUCGUUUAAGUAUUUCCAGAAUAAAAAUUUGGACAAUUUGACAGAUUGAUUAAAUUAAUAUGUUUUUUUUAUACACAAGGCGCAAUUACGCACACUUUGCUUCAAGCUCUGCUUUUUACAAUGGAAUGGCUGCUCGUUUAAGUAUUUCCAGAAUAAAAAUUUGGACAAUUUGACAGAUUGAUUAAAUUAAUAUGUUUUUUUUAUACACAAGGCGCAAUUUAUUUCAUAUAUUUUCGAUUUAUUUAUAGUCAUCACCAUGGUGUCAGAAAUCUAACUACAGUUUAUUUCCUUCAGCUUUAGCACUAGUUCAUUUCCUAUCAUAUUUUCAAUAUCACAACAACAAUUACAGCUCCAAGAAUUACGCACUCGGAUAGGUGGUUUUCCGCUUGAAAACGUGAAUAUCGGUGAUGUCAUAUUGUCACCGGUGUGUGUUUUGUUAGGACCAAAGGGUCACUUGGUCAAGUGUGGAUUCUUGCAUAGCUGCAUUUUGAAACGUGUUUUCUUUUUCUUCUAGGUGGCGUUAAGCGUAACAGUUGCAUCGAGAUAAGGAAUUACGACAUGCCGAAGAGAACGUCAAGCGAUCGUGAGAGGAAAACGUCGUCGCGUUUGUUUCGUUCGAUGUCACUGAGCGGACGCAAUAAACAGACGCAAAAAGAACCGAGUACGACGGGCGAUGGAGACGAGCAGAGGAAUUCAACAAUUUCCAUGUCAGAUACUGAAAAGGUUACGGUGUUAAUGGAUCACAAUGCACAGCUUUUGGACGAGAAAAAUAAAGCUGAAGACGAGUGCACUAAAAUAAAUAAGGACCUACAAGAUGCGAACGAUAAGCUUCAAGAUGCCGAACGCGAAAUUGAAAAUUUGAAAGAGUUGUUGGGCUCCCGCAUAAAGCAGGAAUUCGAUAAGUGCGAAAGAGAAACCAAUGGGACCAAAAGAACUAGAAUUUCUGUCAGCGACUUCGAGUUAGAAUCAGAAGAGUCAAAAAACAGCAUUAGUGACGUGGUGUUUCCUUCCAAAGUCGAACACCUUGAAACGACCAUCGAAGCAAAUGCUGUUCCGCUUCAAAAAGCUACUACUACUACUCCAUGUAAGGAUUGCGAAAGAUUAAAUAAAUCGAGAAUAAAGGCUGUCGUGGAAGCCAUUGCUCUCAGGAAAUACGUCAAGAAUUUGAACGAAGUGCUCUCUGGUGGCGACCAGGGUAAAAACAAUUUUUUGAAUGAUGUACAAAAGAAUCUUAUCUCCGCCCAAACUGAUAAAGAAAUCGCUUUGGAAGAACUAGCGACUGUGAUUGAUCAGAGAGAUCGCGCGUGUAGAGAAAAGGACCACGCGCUUGAGGAGUGGGGAAAAGCUACAAGUAAAUGGGAAAAUACUUUGGACCAGUUGGAUUCUCUUGUAAAAGAGCUUAACAAGGUAAGUAUCACUAACAAAUGCGCUUGUGAACGAACAGGCUCUCGAACGCAUGGCACGUGGAAGGCGAACAGCAUGCGUUACACGCAACACUUGUCACGCAUAACCACUUUCAUAUUUUAAAAGAUGCUAUCAGUGAGGUAUGAAGCGAGUAGAUAUAUUAUCUAGCAAUAUUCCUCCAGGUCUUGCUGAUGGAGCUGCUAACUCCGGAAUAUGGCAAAAACUCCUCUUUUUAAGCGGUCGUACGUGUAAAAAUGUCACGUGUUAGUUCCCUAUUUAACCUCUUUAUUUCAUUCGUUUCCUGAAAAAGGUCAUUCCACCCUUCAUCCCACCCCUCUUUUUCAAUCGUUUUGUUACUGAUGAAACUGAUUAGCAACUGAAUUCAACUAAUUUAAUGCAGCUUUGGACACUGAAGUGUAGUCCUUCGUCUGGACGACUUGUGUUAAGUCUAACUAAAGUGGAAAAACUGACUUGUGUGAUGUCCAGUUAAUCAAGCUUAACAGUGAAGACUCUCCGCCAAGAUAUGUACUUCUGCGGCUCUCUCUCUCACUAUUUUUACAAAGCGCGCUAGGGAAUUACACUGUCUUCUGUGUAUUGGGUUGGCGGCAGGUGGGUAAGAUAUGCACAUAUUAGGAAGAAUACUUUGUCCGCUUCAAAACAGUCUCAAGACUUUGCACGGCAUAAUAUAUCCCAAAAAUAUGUAUUUUAUUCUAAUAUAGAAAUUAGACUUGUUCAUGCAACUUCGAAUACAAAAACAUUUAGUUUUUUGAAAUAACUACAGUAGCGCUAAUCUUAAACUGUGUAUUCUUUGGGUGACCAUUCAAAUGAAACCGUGAACACUAGUUUCACACGGUACUAUUUGAUUUUGUUAUUUUCAAAAACAAUAUUUGUACGGAUUUUCUUUUAAAAUUUUUAAUAGUGAACAUUCUUCACGUCCUUCUCACGGCAAAAUCAUACAGUGAUAACGUGUUAUUUCUUAUGUGAUUUAAGUCAACGCUUUUCCUUAAAAAUAAUCGUAUUCAGACCUGUUUAGCCUUCUUUAAACCAAACCGUUUGACGCUGGUCUCCUGUUAUACUCUGAUAUCUGUUAAUUAACGGUGACACUAAGACAGACUAGAUAACUCUAAUAUUAGUCUCCCUUCAUGGUGCCGCUCGGCCAAUUAUCCACGGACUCCCAGGACACGUAUAACAAUAGCUUUCAUUUGCUGUUUAAUCUUUAGAGAAAGGAGAGACGUUAGAGUCUAGUUGGAGUCAUUUUCCACAGUCUUGAAACCGCGGCAGGUGUAGCUCAGUCGUUAGAGCUCUGGACUGCAUAGCGGGAUGUCGCGUGUUCGGUCCCCGGGAACGGAUUAAUACUCAAGGUCUUAAAAUAACUGAGAAAUAAAGGUACUGCGGCCUUUGCCCUGUAAAACGGCUUGUCCUUCGCGCGGCUU